UUGGAACUGCGGAAGGAGGACAGGUGCGGAGUUUUCGGAUCUAAACACCAGGUUUGAGUGCGCGUUGCGUUGUUGUUUGUGUUGUUGUUUACACUUAAGUAGAGUGUAAACAACACGGGGGACUGGGAUGGAGGCAGCGCCGCGGAUGCCGAUGAUCUGGUUGGAGCUGAAAGAAGCUGGAGAGUUUCAGUUCGGUUCCGGAGUUAGCCAGUUCAUUAAGAAGAACUACGGUGAAAGCCCUGAGAACUACAGUAAAGCUCUGAGAACACUUGAGCAGCUUCGUCAGCACGUGGUAAAUGUCCCAAGGGACUUUGAGGGCUGCAACACACUGAGGAAAUACUUCGGACAGCUGCACUUCCUGCAGAGUCGUGUUCCGAUGGCAAAGGGACAGGAAGCAGCCGCACCGGUGACAUGGAUUGACAUCUUUUCAGGAAAGCAAGUCACUCAUCAAGACAUCAGCUAUGAACAGGCCUGUGUCCUUUAUAACCUCGGUGCUUUACACUCUUAUCUGGGGGCCAUUGAUAACAGAGUUUCUGAAGAAGGGAUGAAGACAUCCUGCACCCAUUUCCAGUGCGCUGCAGGGGUGUUCACACACAUCAGAGAUCAUUACAACUCCGGCUACAGCGCUGACCUCAGUCACCAAGCAUUGUCCAUCAACAUCAGUCUAAUGCUGGCUCAGGCUCAGGAGUGCCUCCUAGAAAAAACCCUGUUGGACAACAGGAAGAGCUUCCUAAUCGCACGAAUUUGCGCCCAGGUGUGUGACUACUACAGGGAGUGCACGCGAGUGCUGGCGAGCUCCGACUGUGUGUCUGGGAAAAAGGAGUGGAGGAAACUCCUCUGUAUGAAAAUCAGCUAUUUCAGUGCAGUCACACAUUUACACAUGGGCAAGCACUGUGAGGAGCAGAAGAAGUACGGUGAAGCUGUUGCAUACUUCCAAAGCUCUCUAGGCAAACUAAAUGAAGCUAUUAAGCUAAGCAAGGGUCAGCCGGACUCCGUACAGGAAGCUCUGAAAUUCACCAUGGACGUCGUCGGUGGAAAGUUUAACUCCGCUAAGAAGGACAACGAAUUUAUCUACCAUGAAUCAGUUCCUAGUCUGGACACGCUGGAUCCAGGGAAAGGUGCGUCUCUGGUGAAGCCCCUCCCUGUCACCCCGAUUGACCCCAACAUCACUGGUCCUGACCUCUUCUCCAAACUGGUUCCUAUGGCAGCUCACGAGGCUUCAUCAGUCUACAGUGAAGAGAAGGCCAAGCUGCUUCGUGAAGUGAUGGCUUCGAUUGACGAGAAGAACCAGAUCUUGGAGAGUUUUAUGGAGUCUUUGAACUGUGAUUCAGUGGAUUUGGACAUGUUCGGCUCUGUUCCUUCGUCGUUGUUGGAGAAAUGUGCAGCACUCAGUGUUCAACCAGAUGCAGUGAGGAGAUUAGUGGAAGCCAUGCAGGCUUUGUCCAGUGUGUACACUGACGUGGGCGCUUAUCUAGAGGAAGUGCGUAAUGCGCUGCAGGAAGAUGAGGCAGGGGAGAAGACUCUGGUAAAUGUGGUUGGGCAGAAAGGAUUGCCUCCCAGGUCUCCUGAAUUAACGGAACUCCAGAAGGAGUUCAGGAAAUAUGAGGCAGCCCAUCAAGUAGCCAGCCAAACCAAUACUGAGCUCCACAAAGCCAUGAGCCAGCACAUCCCAAACCUGCGUCUGCUGCAGGGACCACUGGAUGAGCUGAGGAAGAGCCUGCCUCAGCCACAACUGAGUCAAGAUGAUACGUCAUCCUUGCAGACGAUGAAACGGAUCUGUGGGAAAGUCGAUGAGAUGCGGAAGCAAAGGAUCUCAUUCGAGAAGGAGCUUCGUGACCUCAUUCAGAAAGAUGACAUUACAGCUACUCUGGUGACCAUCGAACGGUCUGAGAUAAAGGCCGUGAUUGAGGAGCAACUGAGGAAAUAUGGCCAGUUGAAGGGAUACAUCAAUCAGAACCUAGCAGCGCAGGAUAACAUCAUUAAAGCUUUGACGGAGGUUAACGUGCUGUGCGCCACCAUCCGAAAGACCCUCAGUGCCACACAACAAGAACGGAACAGCAAAGUGCAGUCUUUGGUCGCUUCAUACGAGGCAUAUGAGGACCUGGUUAAAAAGGCUGAGGAAGGUAAAAGCUUCUAUCAGGACCUGGAAAAAAAGACAUCCGGCCUUCUGGACAGAGUUAAGACCAUCUGCCAGAGCAGAGAAGAUGGGAGAGCUGCCUUAGUGGAAAGUGAGGUAGCAAAAGUGCCUCCUCCUAGACCUACUGCUCAAAAGCCGGUGCUUGGCAACAGUACCCCAAGUCCUCAGUCUGGCACCUCCAGUAUGGAGGCUUUUGUUCCUUCCUUUACCCUUGGACAGCAUGUACCCCAGAAACUGCACAACCUGCCCCCAGAUAUGGCCUUAGCUAGAGGUCCACCACUCCCUAACUUUGGUCCCCAUGGACCAACCCCUCUCAUUUGGCCCCCAGUUGCAGCCAGUGCUCCAUUUUCAAACCAGGGAAUGCCACAGUUGACACCUACUAAACAACCCCCUUAUGGCCAAGUUUCAGGAGUCCUACAACCUUCAGGUUAUGUUGUACCUCAACAAUUCCAGCCUGGUCCAUCUGGAGGCAUCACACAAGUUCCCCCACAGAUUCAUCCUUCACAAAUGCCUCAUCAGGGCUAUAUCCCAGCACCAUGGCAGAGACCACCAAGUGUACCCUUUCCCAUUGUUUCAGCAAAUUAUACUAUGCCCCCUGAGAUGGGACAUUCUGCUGCAAGACCAGGUCUGCCUGGACAUGUUCUCAUGUCUGGUGGACAGGGUCAACACAUGCAGUCUAGCAUGCCUCAGUCCUCUUCUGCUCAACAGGUGACUCCAGGAACACAAUACCAAGGUUUCCCCCCGCAACCUGCACCUGGCAUAAUCUCUCAGGCACCUAGGGUUGCCUUUUUUGGGCAAAGCCAGCCAUCCUCCCAUCCUGGACAGUUCCAGCCUCCAGUGCCACCUCAGAGUCAGUCUCAGCCAAUCCCUACUACUGCUUACUGGCCUACUUUAGGUGCACAGUCCCAGCCUGGCUUACCAGUUCAGCCAGGCCUUCUCUCAGUUACACAGGCUUCCCUUCCUGGGGAAGCUAAGGUACAACAAUUUCCUCCUGGUCCUGUAAACCAGUUUCAUCCAGGACAAACUACACAAAACCAGCCCCAAGCUCAUAUGGGUCAUGUUCUUCCCUCCGUUCCAUAUUCUCAACCUGGGGCCCUCCAGAAUGCUAACAAACCGACACCUUUAUCUCAAACUACCACUCAGGUACCCUUCAGCCAAAAUAUCCCGAUGCCUUUUGCUUACCAAUCCUGUAAUCCUGGACUACCACAGGGUGCCAUUUUUCAGGGAGGAACACCUCACAGCCAAGCACAGCCCCUUCCAGCCCAAAACAUGUGUCAGCAACCGACUACUCAGUUCAGUCCCAUGUUCCAGACAGGGAAUCCCCUUCAAAUCCAGCAUGUUCCACCUCGGAAUAACUCGUCUUCUGAAGCAAUUACUGUCCCAGUGAUGGACAAUCCAAAUCCCCCUGCACUUGCUGGUAUACUUACACCUUCCCCAGCUCACCCCUUAUCCAAUCCUCAGCCUGGGUCUGUCCUGAAGCCUUCAUCCUCUGAGAAUAAAGAGGGAUUCCAGCAGAUCAAUCCAUCUCAUGGGGCGGUGAAUCAGGAUUCUAUUCAAGAUAAGAUGGACAAACUCAGCAUUGCUUCCCAGCAAGAAGCUUCUGAUUGUGGAGAAGAUAAAGUCGAAUAAAAUCCAAGCUGGUGUAAUGUUCAUGCUAUAGCAAUCUCAAGUUCGUGAUCAGUUAAGAUUAGCCUGUUAGCAUGGGAUUUUGGACUAAUACCAGCGCGUCCAUGAUUUCUACAUCCAUAGAAGUCCUCUCCUUCUGGAAGCGUGAGGAAAAACCAGAGAACAGACAGAAAGACCACACAAAUCAAACGUUUGAUGAUCCACAGGAGUUGCGAAAGAGUGUUCUUUUCAGUGAUCUGGAUCUUCUUAUGUUCUACAAAUUAUACUCUAUUGUAAUGAUUGUGCAUAACCAUAAACACGUUAAUACUAUACCUACUAUACCUGACACUAUACCUUCACUUACUUUCUUAAGAUCUAUGAAUAGAAGUUCCUCGUUCCUGAGCUUCUAGAACCGCGCUGUGUUCUCGAUAAAAGACGGCGUGAACUUACUGACCGGGUUCCUUUAACAUUAACUAUAAUAAGGGUGCAAUAUGAUGGCGCAUUUAGCCUGCCUGUAUAAUUUCUCUAAAUUUUAUCUGUAAGUUUUAUGGGUUGCUUUUCUAAUAAAGUUUACGAUGUUUAUCA